UAAAAAAUGGCUGAGGUCACCACAGAGUCAUAGAAGGUCUUCAGGAGUGUUUAGGGACACAAAAUACUGUUGGAAAAGUCAUGCUUAGGAACUAUCACCAGUAGCCUUCAGACUGGAUGAAAGAACUUCUACAGGUACUUGGAACGUGCAAAGGAAACUCAGACAAGAUGUUUCUGUGAAAGUCCACAUCAACCUCGUAAUUGCUCUGAUGCUCCUCAACCUGCACUUCCUGCCCAAUCAGGCAGUGGCAGCAGGGUCCUCCUCUGGACUUUGCUUAUACAUGGCUCUUUUACUUCAUUACUCCCUGCUGGCCACUUUCAGCUGGAUGGGCUUGGAAGGGUUCCACCUAUAUCUUCUCUUGGUCAAAGUCUUCAACAUCUAUGUGAAGAGAUACCUACUCAAACUCAGCAUACCGGGAUGGGGUGUUCCUGACUUUUAUGGUCCUGUCUCUCUGGACACACCGAGCAACUCCAACAAUACUGCAAUAUGUUACAUCACCACUUAUGAAGUGAAGAUGGUGACUACAGUGGGAUUGUUCAGUUUGGUGUUCCUCUUUAACGUGAUCAUGUUUGGGGUGACAGUCAGACGUGUUUGGAUUCUUCGAUGUUCCCAAGAGUUUGGACAGGUCGACCGUGACAGAGCCAGAAAAGACCUGUUUACCCUGCUUGGAGUCAUCACUCUGCUCUGCCUUACCUGGGGCCUGGUCUUCUUCUAUUUUGGCUAUCUGACUACUCCUGGCCUCUACCUCUUCUGCAUCCUGAACUCCCUCUGCAAGGUCUGCAUAACCUGCUUCUUUGUUCAGUUAGUGUUCUGAUAAUAACUGAAAUGACUGAUGAUGAGUCCAUCUAAUGGGACAUGAGGGUACUGCAGAUGCAUAAUGAAUGCUUAUUCACAAUUAAUCAAAAAACAUUUUGUCUUUACAUUUUUACUCAUUUUAAAAAGGGAAAAUUUUAAAACUUGCAUUUGCCAUAAAAAAAAGAACAACAACUACAAAACCAAAAAUCUAUUUCACUCCAAUCUGUUGAUCAGAGAUACAAGGUUUUGGUGUAAAUAAAAAAUAAAAAUAAAAUAACUGUUUC